AUGGUGGACAUCGAUUUAGAGCGUUGUUCAAAUGCAAUUUCUUCUUGGAACAGCGAUCUAGACAUUGCAACAUAUUCUGAUCAUGUAACUGUUUGGCUUGAUGCAUAUAUUGGUAAUCCAAAGGACUAUCAUACAUUAAAAGAUAAAUUUGGAACAAAUAUACAACCCUUAAUUACACUGAAUCAAAAUGAAAAGGAGCUUGACGAAUAUCCGGUCAAUUACGAAAAUCCUGAAACGUUGAAAAAAUUAAGAGAUACUGUAUAUUGUUUGAAAGCAUUUUUUGAAGUUGAUAAAUGCUUAGAAUUCAUUAAUUCAAAUCAAGAUAAGAAAAUAUUUUCCAUCUCAUCUGGUACGAUGGGUAAACAAAUUGUGCCAAAAAUAGCUGAAUUAAGUCAGAUUCAUGGUAUUUAUAUAUUCUGCGGAUAUAUUUCGGCUCAUACGCAAUGGGCCAUGGACUAUGUCAACAAUAUAUCGGCAAUGUUAGAACAUCAAGAUGAUUUGUUAAUACGUUUAACAAAAGACAUCGCAAAAUAUUUAGAAGAGAAGGGUGAUCAGUAUGCUCAAAAAUCUGAUGAAAGAACUAGAGCGAAAAAUUGUUAUACAUGGGCUAUGAAAUUAAUAUUGCGUACAAAAGAACUAAAGGGUACAAAUUAUCAAAAACCUAUGAACAUUUUAAAGAAAAAAUUUGACAAACUUGAAGAAAAACGUUUUGUACCAUCAGAAGAUCAAAUGGAACAAGAGUAA